AUGACCUCAGACGGCGUCUUCCGCAUCGCCGCGUUCAGCGGAUACGCUGGCGACCGCGCCGAUGCGCUCAAAAACCAAGCCGCCAACUCGGGCUGCGACGUCCUCUUCGGCGACUACCUUGCCGAGAUGAACCUCGCAACCCGUGCGCUGGAGAUGCGCAAAUUCCCCGACCUAGGCUACGAGCGUCCGUUCCUCCACCACCUCAAGCUAGCCGCCCCAAUCAUCGCCAAGAAGCGCCCCAAGAUCAUCACGAACGCCGGCGCGCUCAACCCCCGAGGACUGGCUGAGGAGGUAUUUGCGCUCCUGGAUAAGGAAGGGAUUGACGACCUCCAAGUCGCCUAUGUCGAGGGCGACGACCUCAUGCCCAGCCUCGAUGAGCUGUCAUCGUUAGGGGAAUCUUUCCCACACUUGGAGGAUGCACGUCCACUCAGCAGCUGGCGCCUUAAGCCCGCAUCAGCCAAUGCGUAUGUCGGCGCCCGCGGUAUCGUGGCCGCACUCAAGGCCGGCGCGGAUAUCGUCAUCUCGGGGAGAUGUACCGACGCGUCACCCGUUAUUGCCGGCGCGGCAUGGUUCCAUAACUGGGGAUGGGACCAGUAUGACCAGCUCGCUGGGGCGUUACUUGCGGGACACUGCAUUGAGUGUGGCGCUUAUAUUACGGGCGGCAACUCGAGUGGAUUCCGUGCCAUCAAGGAUCAGUACUUCAACUUCUCGAUGGGCAUUGCGGAGAUCAACAAGGACGGCACAUUUGUCGUAACAAAGCAACCCGGAAUGAACGGCGUCGUGACCGACGUCACAGUCCGUUCGCAAAUCCUCUACGAGAUCCAAGGCAACGUCUACCUUAACCCCGACGUGCAGGCCCUCAUCGACGACAUCCGCGUAUCUGACCUCGGCCGUGACAGAGUCCGGGUGGACGGUGUACGCGGCGUGGCGCCUCCUGAAACGACCAAGGUCGGGAUCUGCGGCGUAGCAGGCUAUCAAGCCGAGUGCUGGGUCGCGGCCACCGGCCUGGACAUCCAGGAGAAGUUCGACGUCCUCCGUCGGCAGAUACACGAGAACCUAGGCGACAAGAUGAAGGAAUUCGACGUGUUCGACAUGACACAAUACGGCGUGCCGAUGGAGAAUGCGCGUACGGAAGCGCAAGGGACAGCCAUGCUCCGCGUCAUGGCUCAGGCUAAGGAUAUCGAGGCGUUCGGACCUGCUCGCCACCUUCUUCCGCUCGUUAAUCCGGAUGGGCUGGGACACUUCCCUGGUUUCCAGUGGCAGAUGGACAGCCGGACCUGCGUGCCUGUUCCAUUCAUGGAAUACUGGCCUGCCCGGGUUCACGUCAAACAUCUCCCUCUCACAGUCCGGUUCGUGGGGAGUAUCAAGAAGAUUCCCGUUCCGCCCGUCUCGCCCGAGGAGACGAAACCGGUCGUCAAGCAGAGCGACUACGACUCUCCCUCCUUCAAUGCGGCCAAGUGGGGCCCGACAACUCGGGGUCCAUUGGGGUGGGUCGUGCAUGCCCGUUCUGGCGAUAAGGGCGGGAAUGCAAACGUCGGCUUCUUCGUCCGCCACAAGGACGAGUUCGAGUGGCUUCGCACCCUUCUGAGCCGCGAGAAGAUGGUGGAUCUGCUCGCGGACGAGUAUAAGGGUCACCGGAUUGAGCGCGUCGAGUUCCCUGGCAUGCUGGCUGUGCACUUUGUCAUCCAUGAUUAUUUGGGGCGCGGAGUCAGCUCGACUGUGCGCAUGGACAGCCUGGCUAAGAGCGUGGCCGAGUUCCUGCGGGCGCGGCAUGUCGAUGUGCUAAACAAGUUCUUGGUCAAGAGCAAGAUCUAG